AUGGCCGAUUGGGAGGUCCGGAUGUCGAAUUCCAAGAAGAUUCAUUACUUCUAUAAUACCACGACCAAGGAAUCGCGAUGGGACCCACCGGAGGGAUUCACUGAGGAGCAAAUACGAGCAUUGCCUGGAGCUGCGGAAUAUAUGAACAAAAGCCAAGCGGAAUCUGCUGGUGCACCCGCUGGUCAGAUGCGAGCCAGUCAUCUGCUCGUAAAACACAGCGGAAGUCGGCGCCCGUCAAGCUGGAAGGAGGCCAACAUCACGCGAUCGAAAGAGGAGGCUAUCCAGAUUCUAGAGGAGUAUGGUGCCGAGAUUGGAACGGAUCGUAACAAAUUCGCCGAACUCGCUUCUGAGCACUCUGAUUGCUCUUCUCACAGAAACGGAGGUGACCUCGGCUGGUUUGGUAAAGGUCAGAUGCAGAAGCCGUUUGAAGACGGUGUGCUUGCUCUCGAAGUGGGUGGCAUUAGCGGUGUAGUCGAGACAGAAUCCGCACUGUCCCGAACAAUCAAGAAUGUCUUUGCUAUAAGCCCUCGCUCCCAAAGGGGAUUGGCAAGCUCAUCGACCACGACAGACCCUCGACCAACUUCGAAAGAUCGUUUGACGGUGAUGGCAACGUCUAAAUUAGCUCUGGCCGAAGAUGUCGAUAUGAAAAUCUCAAAGCUACUUGUGCACCCCAUCAAGAGCUGUCGAGGAAUAUCGUUGUCCGAAUCAAAAGUAACUUCUGAGGGUUUGCAGUAUGAUCGCCAAUACUUGAUCGUGGACGCCAAAACGCACAAAUUCAUAACUGCAAGGCAAUUUCCCAAGAUGGUACUUGUUGAGACGGCAAUCGAAGGCGGAGAAGUCCCGUUACUCUCUGUUUCGUUUCCUCAGGAAUCGGGAGUCAAGUCCUUCAAAACUUGCCUUGAGCCUAGCCCCGAGACUGUGUCAAAUUGGGAACUCAUAUCUGGUAUAGAAAUAUGGGCCAGCAUGGGUCUAGACGCCUAUGUUGUGGAGUCUUACCCUCCCGAUUCUACAAGCUCCCCCUCGGCAUUAUUCUCAUCUUACCUUGGUCGAGAAGUUCUUCUUGUUUUAAAGGGACCAACGUACAGACCUGUUAUCCCAACUUUGACUCAUCCUGAUCUCGACGUUGGCGUUCGAUUCCAGGACGGGUUUCCUUUGCUGGUAGCUACCACUGAAAGUCUGGUCGCUGUACAGGAAAAAAUUAGGCUAAGCGCUGCGGGAACAGAGGGAUGGAAAGUUGGAGGCAUUACUCCACAGUGGCAAACCGACGAGCUAGUCAUGGAAAGGUUCCGCCCUAAUAUUGUCGUGUCCGGAUCGCCUGCUCCAUUUGAUGAAGACUACUGGGGAGAUGUCCAGAUCGGGAGGGAUGGGUCGGAGGGCACCGUGAUAUCGUUGGUCAAGCGUUGUGACCGUUGUUUGCUUCCUAACAUCGACACCACUACGGGAGUCCGAGACAAUGCCGUGCCAUUCAAGGUCAUAUCCAAAUUCCGGCAAGUUGAACCGACAAAAGGCGUUACAGCCUGCUUCGCUAUGAGUGAUAUAUUACCGACCCUCCAACAAACCUUGAGCCCUGAUCCCAACCUUCGUAUUGCGGCCGAGUUGAAGUUGUCUGAGUUAUUUGCCCAACCUCAAACGGGACUUACUUUGACUCAAAUUUUGCUUUCAAAUGAGAUCGAGCUUACUGGAACUCUACUCAGGAAAUAUGUAAACGAACGAUGGUCUCCGUUUUUCUCAGGAUUCCGAGGAAAUGCACCGCCUGUAGAGAUCAAAACCGAGAUACGCGCCGGUGUCGUCAAAGGGCUUUCCGAUCCAGCCCGUAAAAUCCGUAGCUUAAGUGCUGCAGUCUGCUCUCUUGUUGCCCAUUGCGAUUGGCCGGACGAAUACCCAGAGCUAUUGGACCAGCUGAUCGCACUUCUAAACACCAACAAUUCCGAUGCCAUUCACGGUUCUAUGCAAGUAAUGGCAGAAUUCGUACGCACCGAUGUAUCCGAGGAUCAGAUUCUUCCUAUUUUAAGGCAACUACUACCUGUUCUGAUGAAUAUCCUUGGGGAUCCCGUUAAACAUGCGGCGCUGACCCGAGCGAGGACUAUCUCAGUAUUUAGGCAGUGCGUGGAAGCUCUGUAUAUGGUCAAGGAACAACACCCCUCCGCGGUUACCGAAGCUACUACUUCUGUUCUUCCAACUUGGUUAAAUGCGUUCCAAGUUUUGCUCGCUAUCGACCCACAGACCGAUGUCUCCAAUGAUGAUAAUUGGGACGGGCUUGCCGUUCGUACGGAAGUAUACAGGUCUCUUAACAUUAUCCAUACAAGUUUCCCCAAGUCAUUGUCUACUUUUACACCAACCAUCCUCAGUCAUUCGUUGACUCAUCUGAACCGGCUACUCCCUAUCUUUAUAAACUACUACGUCCGUGCUGACGCCGAUUCGGCACCAACUGCAUCAAGCGAUGACCCUGAUCAGCAAGCCUCGCUUACGAACCUGGCUAGCUCUCUCCUCGACUAUGUAGGAAGCGCAGUUCGGACUUCAGCAGGGCGUUCAUGGUUCGAGACCACCGACCGUGCUUUGCAAAAUUAUAUUGAAGCUGUAGCGGGCUGGUCUCAGAUGACACAGGAUGACGAGGAAAACUGGAGCAAUAAUCCCAAUGCCUUUGUUGCAGACGAGGACGAUGAAACGGGGCUGUUUAGCUUGCGUAUCGCUGGAUUCGAUCUUGUUAUGCAUUUCCUGGAUCGCAUUGCAGUACCUACUCUGCGAGCUUUGCAAGCAGUCACACAAAGUGCUGUUCAGCAGAUUCAUAACAGUAAUCGAAGUGCUGAAUGGUGGAAACCCCUUGAAGCCUUGUUGGCGAUUCUAGGUACCCACUCAGAGACCAUUCUUGAAACCCUUGAAAACGAAGAAUCGGAAGAACGACCAAAACCUAUUCACGUCGACGCCAUGAUCAAGGAGAUUGUUCCUCAAUUGGCAUCUGCAGCAGAGUAUCCAUUCCUUCAGGGCCGCGCAAUCGUGUUUGCUAGUCAAUAUGCAUCAAUCCUACCCCAAGACAUUCAAACACAGUAUUUAGAUGCGGCCUGGUCUGUUCUUAAAUCGGAAACGAGUGCUCCGGUUAAACUAUCUGCUGUUAAGGCCAUCCGCAACUUUAUUUCUCAUAUACCUGGCGACGCCAUGGCUCAAGUUGCGCCUCGUGUUCUUCAGGAUUUGGCACCUCUUUUACUAGUCACAGUCGAGGAAACCCUUGCAUUAGUUAUGGAGACACUAUCAGUAUUACUCAAGGUCGAGGGGGGCAAAUGGUUAACUGCAGAUCAUGCUACAUCUUUGACUACCGCGCUCCUAGAUGUUUGGCGGAAAAAUGUCAAAGAUCAAGUUUUGCUCUCGGUGAUUACUGAUGUCUUCGAAGGGUUAGCGGCUGCAUCAUAUCAAGCAACUGUUUCUCAAGCCCUCCCAUCCCUAUCAGCGGCCCUAGCAUCAGUAUCGAAAGAUGAAACCUGGGUUACGAGUUCGGCACUCGAAAUAGUUACAGGUUUAAUGAGAGGAGUUCAGGAGGGCCAACUUGGACAGGGCUUCUUCGAUAACCUAGGUCCGGCUCUUUUCAAGGCAAUUGGAGAAACAGAAGAUCGUGAAGUUAUACAGAAUGGAAUCGAGUGCCUAACCUUGAUUAUUCGCAAAGACCACGGACAACUUACUCAAUGGCACGACUCCACCGGUCGCUCUGGAUUUGAUAACGUACUUAGUUUCCUGGCUCGUCUACUUCAGCGUGACCAAAACGAAUCUGGAGGGCUAGUGGUCGGUGAUUUGAUAAUUCACUUGUUUAGGCGUUCUGGCGAACAGAUCGGACCUGUCUUACCUGAGCUCCUGCAAGCCAUGGUCACCCGUAUUGACUCUGCCAAGACAGCUACGUUCUUGCAAAGCCUCAUUGUUCCAUUCGCGUUCUUGAUUCAUACCCAACGCGACAAUGUUCUCAACUUGCUCGAGUCGACUUCUGUAAACUCUAAGAGUGGACUUGAAGUCUUCAUACAUGCAUGGUGCGAGAACGCAGAAAUGCUUCAGGGUAAUUGGCCAUCGAGGAUCAGCACCCUUGCCUUAUGUCAAAUGUUUAUCUCUGAUCGACCGACCCUUCGUCAAAUAUACGUCAAAGGUGAUAUCAUUGUCAAGCCAGAGACACGAAAUGUUAUCAUUACUCGCUCUCGUGCCAAACAAACACCCCAUGAAUUCAAGAGCAUUCCUUUCCAAACAAAGGCUCUCCAACUCAUCAUCCGCGAGCUCCAAGAGAUGGGCGCUGAGGUAGAACCCAUGAGUUCAAAGGAUGUUGCUGAUGUUGCUGAUGAUGACUCUGAUGACGGGGAUGAGUGGGCUGACGAGGAGAAGCUCUAUUUGGGCAUGAAACGGGAUGAAUUAGCAUUCCUAGCUGGCGUCGAUAUGGAGGAUGGUGAAUCGGACGGUAAAGGUGGUUUAGACGACGAAGAUUUGCGACAAGACCCGAUCUCUAAGAUUGAUAUGAGGGCGCAUUUAUUACAAUUUUUGAAAGAUUGUGCACAACACAACGUAAACAGCUUUUCUCAGAUUGUCGAGGAGCUGGGGACAGAGGAUAUGCUAGUUGUACCUCCACUGGCGUCUCAAGAUGGUACCUUCCUUGCUUCUCUAGCACCAACUCGUUCCUUUCACUUGACCACCCCGCGAAAUGAAUCAUACAAGAGUCGUAAAGCUCGUGCCGCCAAGCGAAAGAAUAUUGAAACGCAACAAAAGAAGCAGCAAGGAGCAUCGACGGCUAAACCGAAUCCAGUCUUGGGGCACUCAAACACUCCUGAAGGACAUAAACUCUGGGAGAGUAGCGAUCUGUGCAAAAUUCUUCUAACCGAAGCAAAAAUACUUGAAGCUCACUCACAAAAUCUUCCGGUGGUUUCAAGCACUAUACCUUUCCCAGUGAAUCUUAAUUUUGGUAUCAAGUCGCAAGAAAAGGAGCUAGUAUUCCAGACAUUACCAGAGGUUGCUGCGCAACAAACAUUCUACCAGACGACGAAGUCUUCAUACGAUGCCGAACUAUCGUCCCACGUCCAUGCUUUGCAACAAGCCGAAUCACAGGCCACAAUUAACGCAGUUCACUUGUCACGCUUGACUGAUCUACGGAAUGCGAGCGCAGCUGGAAUUGCAGUAGAGAACCGGCGACGAUGUGUCGAAGCAUUCUCACUACCCGACAAGCCUAACGAUACUGGUCGACCAGAAGUUCAAGCUGCUAUCCUCACAGCCCAAAUUCGAAAUCUUGAUGCACAUUUAAAGCAACACACUCACGAUAUUCAUAACCGCCGUUCACUUCGUAUGAUGGUUCAUAAGCGUGCAAAGAUCCUAAGGUACUUGAAGCGACUUGACUUGGAGCGAUAUGAAGCGGUCCUGCCACGCCUUGGACUAGAGGCGGCGGCAGUUGAGGGGGAACUGGAACUCAAGUAA